AUGCGUAUUCCUCGCGCCGGCUCCUCACCGGAGCAAGAGGCGAUGCUCCUCCUCCAUCAGUGCAACACCCUCGACCAUCUACGGCAGGUCCAAGCUCUCAUUCUCAAGUCCUCCCUCCAUCGCCACCCCUUCCUCCUCGCCAAGUUCCUCCGCCGCUGCUUCUCCCUCCCCUCCCCAGAAGCCCUUCCCUAUGGCCUCUCCCUCUUCCACCACCACCCAAAUCCCGACGGAUUCCUCUGCAACACUGCCAUCGCUGCUCAUCUCAGGGCCGGCCGCCCCGCCGAGUCCCUCCGCCUCUUCCGCCACAUGCAGCGCCUCGCCAUUACCGUCGACAGCUUCGGCGUCUCCCUCGCCGUGCAGGGCGGCGCCGGCUGCCGCGACGCGCGCGCCGGCUGCGUGCUCCACGGGCAGGCCGCCAAGCGCGGGUUCUCCGCCGACGUCUUCGUCCAGACGGCCCUCGUGGAGAUGUACGCCAAGACCGGGGGCAUCUCCAUGGCCAGGCAGCUGUUCGACGAAAUGCCCCGCAGGGACUUGGUGGCGCACAAUGUGAUGCUGGGGGAGUACGUCUCCUGUGGGGAGAUUGCUGCGGCUCGGAAGCUGUUCGAGGAGAUGCCUUCCAGAGACCUCGUGUCCUGGAACACGAUGAUCCAUGGCCUCGCCGUCUCCGGCGACCUCGCCGGAGCGAGGGAGAUCUUCGAAAGGAGCCGGGAGAGGGAUGUGAUCUCUUGGAGCUCCAUGAUUUCAGGGUACGCCCGGAGAAGGCUCCCCGGGGAGGCUCUGGAGCUUUUCCGGGAGAUGCAGGUGGCCGGAGUGUCGCCGGACAAGGUCACCAUGGCUAGCCUCCUCUCCGCCGCCGGCGACCUGGGUGCUCUGGCCACCGGCAGGAUGAUCCACGACUACGUCAACAAGAACAGGAUGGAGAUGGACGUAAAGCUCGAUACCUCUCUUCUGGACAUGUACGCAAAGUGCGGAGACAUCGAGAGCUCCCUCGUCGUCUUCGAGAGGAUGAAUGAGAGGGAUGUCUUCGCGUGGAGUGCGAUGAUUGCAGGGCUCGCCAACCAUGGCCGAGCUGAGUACGCCCUCGAACUCUUCUCAGAGAUGUUGUCCCAGGGGGUGGAGCCGAACGGGAGCACCUUCGUGGGGGUCCUCUCUGCCUGUAACCAUGCCGGAUUGGUGAGCAGAGGGCGAGCUUAUUUCAACUCUAUGGCCGGCGUUCAUGGGAUCGCCCCCACGAUCGAGCACUACGGGUGCCUGGUUGACCUCCUGGGCAGAGCUGGGCAUCUUCACGAGGCGAGAGAGGUGAUCAUGGCGAUGCCGGUUGAGCCCGACGCCGUCCUCUGGAGGGCUUUGCUUGGGGCCUGCAGAGUUCACAAGAAUCUGGAACUGGCAAGAGAAGCUGCCAUCGAGCUGGUGAAAAUGGAGCCUUGGGUUGAGGGGCAUUACGUGCUCUUCUCCAACGUCCUCGCUCAGGCGAGCAGGUGGGAUGGGGUGGCCGGCGUGAGGAGGACGAUGAAGGAGAGUGGUAUCAAGAAGGUUCCCGGGAGCAGCUCUGUGGAGGUCGACGGUGUUGUCUAUGCUUUUAUCGCAGGCGACCGGUCGCAUCCCCGGAGCGAGGAGAUAUACGCAAUGCUUGAUGAGAUGAACUGGUCAACUGGUAAGAAGCUCACCGGAGAUGUCGCCGGCGCUGUUGAGGACGAUGACUUCUCAGGUUGGUCGAACGAGUCUGAGCUUGCCUCUUGA